GGAUAAGUUUUAUCCAUGAAUGAAUAAUACUUCGGUAAUUUCCGUAAUCAGCAGAUGGAAAGAAAAGUUCGCAUAGCUACAAAGAAAACAGGACGUUGCCAGAGUUUCAGGCUUUGAUUUUGGCUAAAGCUUUAAUAUAUCGGUUAGAGCAUGAAAGAGGGGGAUCAAGAUGCCAGCCUGGCAGAUGGCAAAAUUCAGUUUCAGGUUAAUGCAGGAAUGACGGCGACCAGUCAGGCAACUCCAGCAACGCCAACGAUACAACCUCUUGCGCUUGGGAAUCUGCCUUUAGCUGGCAUGCAGCAGGGAGGCUUCAUACUGCAAAAUCCAUUUGCACAGCCUGCAACUGUGAUUCCAGCAGUAUCAAGUCCGCUACAGGGUAACAUUCAGUUAUCAACAGCCGAUCUGCAGCAGUUGCAGCAACAAAUCCAGCUACAAAUUCAACAACAACAACAGUUGCAGCAGCUACAACAACAGCAGCAGCAGCUUCAGCAGCAACAACAGCAAACAGCACAGUCACAGGCUGUUACAGCUCUGCAAACUCUGCAACAACAGGCAGUAGCUCAGUCACAGAGUCAAGCCCAGGCCAGUACAGCUUCUAUUCAGGCUGCCCAGCUUCCCACAGUAGCCGGCAUGCAACAGAUACUGUUGGUAAAUCCAUCACAGUUAACAACACUUCAACCACAGUUCAUGAUACAGCCUGCAGCAGGUGUGGGUGGUUUCCUGUUACCCGGCUUAGCCACAGCAGUUCCGGCAUCGUUGACCCAACCUGCGACCCCUAUGAAGCUUACCACGGUCCAGUCAUUGGCUAGCACACCGGUCACUCCUACACAGCUCAUCUCUACCUCGGCAGCACAGGCAUUGAAUGUGGGAGACAAUGUUACAAAAACAGAGAGUCACAAUCCAGUGUCGACAGAACUGAAUACAGAUAUAUCUACAUCAGGGUUGCCUCCACUCUUAGCUCCGGAAGAAAACAUUGACUUAGAGGAGUUGGAACAGUUUGCAAAAUCAUUUAAAAGAAGGAGAAUAGAACUUGGUUUCACUCAGGGAGAUGUUGGACUAGCCAUGGGCAAGUUAUACGGAAAUGACUUCAGUCAGACAACAAUAUCACGAUUUGAAGCUUUAAAUCUCAGUUUUAAAAAUAUGUGCAAAUUAAAACCAUUGCUAAGUAAAUGGUUAGAGGACGCUAACACAGUGAGCUCUAGCCAAGCACCGGAAGCUGACGGCGACAGUGAUCCCAUGACGCCGGAAUCUAUUGCCAGGCGGCGGAAAAAACGAACAAGCAUAGAGACAACAAUACGUGUUACUUUAGAAAAAAGUUUUCUGAACAAUCCCAAACCAAAUGGGGAAGAAAUUUCUAUAUUAGCAGAAAGUUUACAUAUGGAAAAGGAAGUUAUACGCGUGUGGUUUUGUAACAGACGACAAAAAGAAAAACGCAUUAAUCCGUCAACAUCGUUUUCACAAAUGCAAAUGAUAAGUCAGUUUAAUGUUGCUACGGCCAACGGGACUUCUUCGUCAGUGUCAGGAUCGGCAACAUCCGGAUCAGUUUCAUCAUCAACGGUAACAUUAACAGGAAUUCCUGCUCAAGGAUUACUUCCAAUGUCAACUGCCAACUCACCAACUAAAGGAUCAAAUUUAUUGACUAUUACCCCAUCAAAUUUAUCUAAUGUUCUUACUGUGCUGCCAUCUAGUGUGGAACAGAAAUCAGGUUCAUUAACUCUUCCUACAUCCGUGCCAGGACAAAGUGUUCUUGUGACUAAUAUAAAUGGCCAGACUCUCCUGAAAUCGUAACCUUUAUUCUGAGACAGUUGACUAUGUAUUUAAAAAUAAAAGAAUUUUUAGCAUA